AUGAUGCAACGUCAUUGUCUUGUUUCGUGUCCAUCAGAAGGUACUCAUGGAAUCUGGCCACAACAUUUAAUUCAUUCGAAAGGACGAUUUGGCUUUGAAGCAAAAUUUGGGAAACAAUGGUUUGAGUGCCGUAUUGAAAAUAAAGGAACAAUAGAAGAAUAUGAAAAAGCUCAAGAAUCAUUGAAAAAACAAUUGCUACCAAAACCUAAUCUAUCACCACCAACUGAACCUUUAGUAAGUGCACAUGAAUCUAUUUUAGAAUGGCAAGUUUUCUUUUCAGAUCCUGCACGUAUUGUUUUAACAGAUGCAGAAUGUACAAGAAGUUGUUUAUCAGAUUUUCGUGGUCAUACAGAAAAUCGUGUUCCAAUUCCACAAGAAUCUGUUGAUUCACUUCAAAGAGCCGUACGGCAAAGAUUUGAUUUUAAAGAGGAAGAUAUGGAUAGUAUAUGGGCUUCCAUUCGAACAAGUCUCGUACAAAAAGUUACUGAUAUUCGUAAGAGUGAAAAGCGUAAAAGUCAAAAACAGGAACAAAACAAACACCCACAACAAGAUCCUAUUGCGUUAUCUGAAGAUAAUCAUGAUCUUGUUUCUGUUGCAACAAAUAAUCAAACAGAGGUAAAUCGUAUACAAAAUAAGAACAAAUAUAUCGGUAUUGGAAAAUUAUAUCAAUCAGAAAAGAUAUGUGGCGUGUGUUAUCAUUCAUCAACACAUGGAAUUUGUUCAACAACUGCUUGUACUUAUGAAGCAAUGGAGAUUCCAUCUGAUGAUGUUGUUGAAAUUGUUUCAUUCGAUUUAGCUGAACAGUUGAAGAUAUUAAUUGAUAAAAAUAUAGAUCUACUUCAAAAAUAUCAAAAUGAAGCACGAACACAAACUACAUCUGAUGCAAACGAUGUUGUUAGAGGUGAUGUUUAUCAAUCUAUACUAAAUGUUCAUAAAGAUUUUUUUGUAUCUGUUAUGAUACAUAGUGACGCCAUUCCUCUUUAUAAAUCUAAAAAUUGUAAUGCAUCGCCUAUAUUAGGUGCUGUUUUGAAACUUCCACCAUAUUCUAGAACUUGUGCUGAUAACACUCUUCUUCUUUCUCUUUGGAUAGGAAUACAAAAGACGAGCGAGAAUUUCGACAAAUAUGCUCAAUUAGCUGCUUUAAUGCAAACACGAAUAGAUCGGAAAAGAACACUGGGUGGCAAAGGUUUGAGUGCUUUUUCCGAGAUUCUCGACGUUCUUCUACCUCACUCCGUUGUUAUUGAUGCAAUGCAUACAGUUUUCUUAUGUCGUCAUUCCAAAAAACUUAUUCGUUUACAAACAUUUAUCACAAGAGAAAAUCUUUUAAAAAUUAAUUUAAAACUUCGUUCAAUAAGUUUUAUACAUGAUAUUCUUCGUCGACCACGAUCGUUCUCCAAUGUUGAAAAUUGGAAAGUAUCUGAAGUACGAUUAUUUAUUUUAUAUAUUGACUUGCCUGUACUUGCUGAAAUUUUACCUGAAGAAAGAAUUGGAGAUUUUGCUUUAUACAAUGUUAUUCGUCGUCUUUUACAUGACUAUUGGGAUAAUGAUAAAAAAUUAGGUGAUUCAAUAUCUAGUUUAUUGAAAAUUUACAUUAAAAACUUAUCAAAAAAUGUUAUUUCCAAUGUGUAUCCACCCAAACUAUUUACAAUAUCAACUCAUACUCAUCUCCAUCUUCCUUUUUAA